UCUUUCUUUCUUCUGCUGCAGGGAUUUUUAUUCUAAUCUGGAGAGGAGAGAAAAAAGAGAAAAGAAGCUGCAGGGCUCUCUGGAAACCUGCCAUGUGACAUUUGGCUGCCAGCUCUCAGUCAGAAGGUCAAAGGGGAACCCUGUGCACCAUUUAAUGGAAAUGCAAAGAACCAGUGCAACACAAAACAUCCAGCAGCACCACCAUCACCACGACUCCUUCUUCUUCAGCAGCAGUGAGUCUUCUUUGGAGGAUGCAUCACACCAACAACUGGAGCAAGUGGAGACGUUUGAGUGCAGGAGGUCAAAACAGCAAAACCCAAAGUUUCCUAUGAACAAAAAGGUUUUCCCCUGGAUGAAAGAGUCCAGACCCUCAAACCAGAGACACGGAUCCUCUCCUUCCUUCACUGUGUUCGUCUCUGCAGACUGCACCGUCAACGAGAAGAGUCCGAGCGCCUCCAGUAAGAGGACGCGCACCGCCUACAGCAGCGCGCAGCUGGUGGAGCUGGAGAAGGAGUUCCACUUCAGCAGAUACCUGUGCAAACCGAGGAGGGUGGAGAUGGCCAACCUGCUCAACGUGCACGAGAGGCAGAUUAAGAUCUGGUUCCAGAACCGGAGGAUGAAGCAGAAGAAGGACGAGAGAGUGCAGAACCUCACCUCCACCACCAUUAACACCACCACCACCUCCUCCACCAAGUCCUCCUCCUCUCCCCCAUCCUCCCCCUGCAGCCCCACUCUGUCCAGCCUGGGUUAUGGCCAUCUGGGCGGUGAUUACCAGCCAGUCAAGUCCCAACAACACCAGCAGUCCCAGCCGGCCUACCCUGCAGAUUACUCCAAAUAUCCAGUUUCAGGCUUCACGCACGGCCCGCAGUUUAAUGCACAGUACGACACGCACACCAUCUCACGCACAGCAAACCCAAAUGUGGAUCCAUAUUUCCCACAGAGCUGCACUCAGGACAGAAUCAUGCAAGCUCCAAAACUGACUCAUCUGUAGCAAAGAACUUUAAUUUAUAGAAGACUUCACUGAUCUGUCUGCAUGUAUUUAUUAAUAUUUAUUUAUUUAUUUUUAUUUAUUAGAAUCAUGCAAGCUCCAAAACUGACUCAUCUGUAGCAAAGAACUCCUCCAAAAAAUGUACUUUCCAUUUAAUUUAUAGAAGACUUCACUGAUCUGUCUGCAUGUAUUUAUUAUUAUUUAUUUAUAGAAAUAAUUGGUCUAAAUAUUUGUCUUAUUUAUUUUUAUUUAUACAUUAAUUAAACAAAUUAAACAAAAUUUAACAAAUAAACAAAAUGAUUAAACAACAUCAAUUGUUGUGUUGACUUUUAUGCAUGGGCCUCUUCUAAAUAUUUGUUCAGAGACAUCAAAACUGACUCAUGUGUAGCAAAGAACUCCUCCAAAAAAAAUAACUUUCCCUUUA